GAGGAAUCCGGAAGCGCCACGCGCGCGCAUCUGGCGGCGGCUGGGCCCCUGGUUCCCGGCUGGGGUCCAGUAUGUCUGCUCAUCGGAAGCACGUGUUUACUGAAAAAGUGCUGAAGAGGCUUUUUCCUGAUGUUUCAAGUGGCCAAGAUAAGGGGACACCUCAGCCUGCUGCUUUGGAGACACCACCUGAGAACGCGACCCCAGAGGCCGUGCAGCACACACAUGUUCACAGGCUGGCAGAUGGUGACAUUAAGAUCCAGCCUGAACGUCGGCUGUACACUGUGAGCUUGCCUCCUCCAGGGUAUGUUCCUAGCCCGCCAGAACCUGCCAGCUGUGCGAACUCCGAAAAUGCUUCCAGUGGCCACGACACAGAAGCAGAGCCAGAUCUUCAGGAUCAACCAAAAAGGAAAAGAAUUAGAAGGCACAAAUCCAAGAAAAAUAUUCAAAACCUCAAUGAUGUUGUUCUAAAGCAAGCAGAAUUAGAGACACAGCCAGGGCUUUUGCAAGAGAAAAUGCACCCCCAGCUUCCAGAUGCCCCCAUGAUGAGCAAAAAUAAAAGAAAGAAGCUGAAAAAGAAGCUGCAGCUUAGGAGGAAGAGAGAGGCCGGCUCCAUCGCCAAGCCCUGUGGGAUCAGUUUCCUGUAUCAGCCCGAGAGCGGCAGUGAGGCCGAAGGGGACGGCAUCGCAGGGGGAGAGACCGAGGAGGACCAGGAGGGCUCUGUCACAGGCGCCACCCAGGAAGACAUUAAGCUUGCCAACAGCAAGGCCGACAGCAUCCUGAGUUUUCUCAGGUCAACACAAGAAAUUUAUUUUUAUGAUGAAACUUCCAAAGACUUUGAUCCCUCAGUGUGCGUAGAAACAACUGAAGAGCUGCUUCACCUCCUCGAGUCUCGGAGCAUGCCCGCCUCAGACGUGCUCAUCCUGGACCACCUGAAAACUCUGCUGCUCCUGCAGGACACCGAGAGGCUGCAGAGCGCUCUGAAGAUGUUCCCAGAGCAUUGUGUCAUGCCCCCUGACCAUGCCAGAGUGAUCUCCGCCUUCUUUAACUAUUGGAUCACACAUAUUCUUCCUGAGAAGGAAACAGUGAAUGAAGCAGCGUCUCUUUAAGAAGAUCUGUCUGCUCUUUAACAAGAAGGUGUUAAAUACAAAUAUGUCACGGACUGAACUUCAUUCUUGUACAGAAAGAUUUAUUUUCUGUGUGAGUCAAACACUGGAGACAUUGAAGACAUUUCUGCCUUAUUAAUUAUUUCUGUGCUUGUAUAUAGUAAUUAAGGCAUUAGGUGGGAAAUUGGAGUAAAAUUGAAGUGUUUCACUUGCUUAUUGUUACAUAUGUAUUGAAUUACUACAUAUCACUGGAUUUUUUUUUCUGGUGUCCACAAUAAUUAAAAACGGACAUUUUAUUAAAUAAGCAAUAUAAUUUGAAGUUAUCAUAUUUGUUAUUAAAAAUCACCCUGUGUCUGAAAACCUUAGUGCCCAGGGAGGUGGCUUGGCAUGUAGGAAGAGCUAUGCUGUGCUGCCUGGAGUCCGAGCCCUGCAACCCAGAGCUGCUGCAAUGUAUGCAUCUGUACCCCAGCCUAUAGCAAGAUGGAAGGCAGAGAUGGGAGAACUCGCUGGAGGUUCCCCAGCCAGCUCGCCAGAAGCCUAUAGUGCAGCAGCAAAAACACAGAGAUCCCGCCUCAAUAAGGAGGAAGGCAAGAACCUGUUCCUGAAAAUUAUUCUCUGUGAUCCCCUGUGGCAUGUGUGCACCCACACUCACAAACACACACGCACAUGCAUGCACACACGAAAUAAUACUUUUUAAAUGCCGUGUUUAUCACAAGUUUUAUAUUGGUAAAAAGGUUAAAUAGUUUGGUUAUAGCUGGACUUAUUCUCUCUGAUCGACAUUAGAAAUAGUAUAACGUUUUUCUUGUUUCAUCUCUCUUUGUAUUACGGGAACACCCACCAGUUUUUAACGCUGAGCUCUAAAAGCGUUAGUCACCUGACAGCACAGGGGCUGAGGGAGACAAGGACUCACGAAUCCUAGCUGUAUCCAUGAAAAUAUAAUAAGAAUAAAGUGAAGUUCAUCGACUA